AUGAAAAGAUUCAACAACAGAGUGGUCCAGAAUGUGGCCCAGGCCUACCAGACGAUAUCAAGUGCCAGAAAACCAGUGGCUUCCACCGACAUGGGCUCCAUGAAUACGUCCAGCUCGGCAAGCUCCCACUAUAAGACCCCCACCUCGCCGUCUGGAGUCCCACUGUCCAAGAUCCUCAGCAACACGUUUCCCCUGGCUGUUUCCGACUCGUUCAGACACUAUCUCAGACGAAACAAGCUGGAUCAGAUCCAACAUGAAUUAUUAUCGAUAUUGCCGUUCUACCCCAACCCAACAAAUUCUCAUAAGGCCCAGGUAGUCAAAACAAUGAUAGACGACAAAAAUAACUACAUCAACGAGCUCCACAUUGCCCCAGCAAACAUCCAGUCCAACAAGCACGUGGUAUUCAUCCAUGGUUACGGAGCAGGGCUUGGCUUUUUCGUCAAGAACUUGCAAGACCUGGCAGUAAGGAAACCAGACUGGCAUAUCCACGCCAUAGACCUUCUUGGAUAUGGUUGCUCCUCCAGACCCAAGUUUCCGUACCACGAGCCCAACGCCUCUUACCCGAAGAUCGAGUCCUGGUUUGUUGAGUCGCUGAAGACCUGGUUUGACAGAAGAGGUCUCAACCACGACAAUACUAUGGUUGUUGCGCAUUCGAUGGGCGCUUAUUUGUCCGCGUUGACCAACUUCAAAUACCCCGAGCUGUUCAACAAGCUGCUGCUUGUGUCUCCUGCAGGAGUGUUUAGCAGUCGGCAGCCACAGGUUCCACCCUGGUUCGACAAGCUGUGGAACAAGAACGUGUCUCCAUUUGCGCUUGUGAGAAACGCAGGACCGUUUGGGUCGUACUUAACCUCCGGCUGGACCUCCAGACGGUUCUCCAAGAGCUUCAGCGUGUUGAACGCCGAGGAACAGAAGUUGAUGCAUCUAUACACAUACGCCAUCUUCAACGCCAGAGGCUCGGGAGAGUACAUGCUCAACUACAUGCUUGCUCCUGGGGGAAUCCCCAGAAACCCGUUACUUUACAGAAUCGACCAGCUGAACUGCGAUAGUUACUGGUACUACGGUAGCUACGACUGGAUGGACAAGACAGGAGGUUUAGCAGCCUGCAAGAAACUCAGAGCCAAGGGUCUUCGGGCAGAUAUGACAAUUGUCGAAGACAGCGGCCACCAUCUCUACUUUGACAACCUGGACAAGUUUAACAGUCUGGUUGCCGAUGAAAUGAAAUAA